CGUGCUUUGAGGGGGGGGGCGGCCAACAGGUCUGUACCACUUGGACGACUCGUCGUUAACCCUUCAAAUCAGGUUGUUACGACGUCUCCUGUCCGACACGACGCAUACUCGUUCUUUUACCGACCUUCACUCACCUAUCCACACACAUGUAUGCGUGUGUCUGAAAAUGUCCUAUCAGCAUCCGAUGUACCCACACAAUUGCCAUGGCUACUGACGAAGCGAGCUACGGUCUCCGAGGGCAUUCGGGCAGAUGCCGUUUCGCCGAGGCCUCGGAGUCGAGAACCCUGUCCGGCGGACUCGGGGCACAAGAGCCGAGCGACUUGGCGCCACCGCCACCUCCAAAGGAAGGUUGGCUGCCCCCGCUUUCGCUCUCUCUCUCUCUCUCUCUCUCUCUCAGACGCCAGAGCUUGCCGUGAUAUUGCCCUGCCGACAAUAAGAAGUCUCGCUCUUGCCUUACCAUCCUCUUACGCCGACUCGUCUUAA